AUGCUCCCGGUUAUUCUCGCCGCGUCAUUAUUGGCGCCAGCCGCCGCAGGGGCUUCCGAGCCUAACCGGAUCGUCGCACGAGGCGACGGCAUAAUCCGGUCCCCCGUUCGACAGAUGGCCGGCUCGGGCCCGAAUUUGCGAGCACGACAAAACGAGGUGGAGGUUCUCAAUCAGAGGUUCGGGACAAGAUAUGGAGUCGAGAUCGAGAUCGGGACACCCCCGCAGAAAAUCACAUUGAUCCUCGACACGGGCUCGCCCAAUACCUGGAUCAACCCUGUGUGCGAUACGGCCAACCUCCCGUACGACUGCGAACAGUUUGCGCAGUUCGACUACGACAAGAGCAGCACCCUCAAUGUCACCGACUACGUCGAUACCCUCCGCUACGGCAUCGGGAAUGCGACGGUCCAAUAUGUCUCGGAAACGGUGACGAUAGGAUCUGCCACGAUCGAGAACCAGAUCAUCGGCAUCGCCCUCGAGUCCCACAAGAUCCCGCUCGGUAUUUUGGGGGUAUCCCCACCCAUCCUAGGCGUCAACGAGUACCCCUACAUCCUCGACACCAUGGUCGCCCAGGGGCUCAUCAAGAGCCGCGCCUUUAGCGUCGACCUGCGGGGCGUCGACAACCCCACCGGCGCCAUCAUCUUCGGCGGCGUCGACACGGGCAAGUUCAUCGGCAAGCUCGCCAAACUCCCCAUCAUCCCGCAGGACGAAACCCCCAGCGGCGCGGACCGCUACUACGUCACCAUGACCGGCGUCGGCCUGACCCUCCCGGACGGCUCCAUCGUCCAAUCCGAAGAACUCGCAGUCCCCGUCUUCCUCGACACCGGCGCGACGCUCUCCCACCUACCCACGCGCAUCUUCGAGGCCCUGGCCGCCUCCUUCCCGGACGCCCUCUACGACCGCGACUCGGGCUUCUACAUCCUGCCGUGUGACUACACCGACAUGGCCGGGUCCAUCGACUUCUACUUCUCCGGCAAGACCAUCCGCGUGCCCCUCAACGAAUUCGUCUGGCGGAGCGGCGCCUACUGCAUCCUGGGCGUGACCCCGGAGGACGAGGAGCCCAUCCUCAGGCGACACCUUCCUGCGCGCCGCCUACGUCGUCUUCGACCAGGACAACCGCAACCUGCACAUCGCGCAGGCCGCCAACUGCGAGACCAACCUCGUCGCGAUCGGGUCGGGCGCCAAUGCCGUGCCGAGUUCCACGGGGCAAUGCACCGAGCUGCCUACCCCGACGGGCAAGGGGAAUACGCUGGAUGUGACGGCCACGAGGCCGCCCGUGGGGACGUUCACGGGGAGCCUGCCGACGGGGAUGGAAGGGGGGCCGGGACCGGCGCAGAGUGGGCCGGGCGGGACGAGUGUCACGGGUGGUGCGCUGCAGCCGACGGGGGGGUCGGCGCCGGAAGACAAUGCGGCUGGGAGGGGGGUCGAGGUGGGACUUGGCGCGAUGGUGGUGUUGGGGGUGGUGAAUCUGUUGGCGUGGGCGCUUUAGUUGGGGUGGGGUGGGGUGGACCUGAUAUGCCUUGCAUCCCAACGAUGGCUGUCGUACCUUUGGCAAAGCAUGGAAGUUUUUGCAUCCAUGUGGACAAGAGUGUCAGAACUGGGGAUUGGUGCGCUUGUGAUCAUCCACCACUCCGAGCGCAGAACGCUUCUUUAUCUGCGCCUAUCGGAGAUGGCUCGGGCGAGAUGCGGUUGUCUCCUCACGAACUUUGGAUGCGGGGUCCCGUAAGGAGCCACUCCGAAGGACUCUUCCGUCGCCGGGCCCGCUUCUUGCUCCACGGCCCCGGUACUCCAAUACCCCGCGCCACCGUCCACCAACGGCAGCCGUAUCCGCGAGCAUCCCUCACCCACCGCGGCAAGCUCACCCUCACCCACACCCACCUCGGGCGCCCCCCUCCUCGAGGAGUACACACGCACACGCGUCGACGUGCGCGACCCCAAGUGCAGCGCGCUCAACGUGCCCGCGCGCGAGUUCAAGGCCCGUCCCGUCCGCCAACGGCGCCGCCCACCUCACCCUGCGCCUUCGAGUCGCUCGACCCCAGCGAGAAGCUGUACGGCAUGGGCCAGUACCAGCAGGCGCUGUUUGAUCUGAAGGGGGCGGACUUUGGAAGCUGGCGCACAGGAAUUCGCCAGGCGAGCGUGGCCGUUUUUGUUGUCCGUCCGUUGGGGUAUGGGCUUGGUUGUGGAAAUAACCCUGGGGUGGGCCGGGCCGUGCUGGGGAAGAAUGUGAUGAGCUUUGAGGCAUAUUCGACGAGCGUGUUGGAUUAUUGGGUCGUGGCGGGGGAUACGCCGGCGGAGAUUGUGGAGGCGUAUGCGGGGGUGACGGGGACGGUGCCACGGAUGCCGGAGUAUGGGUUGGGGUUUUGGCAGAGCAAGUUGAGGUAUCAGACUCAGGAGGAGUGGUUGGAUGUGGCGAGGGAGUAUAAGCGGCGAGGACUGCCGUUGGACGUAGUCGUGGUGGACUACUUUUCAUUGGCCCUGUCAAGGGGAUUGGCGGUUUUGACCCGACAUACUUGGCCUGAUCCAAGAUGCUAUGGUCAAGGAACUGAAAGGAGAUGGGGGGUGGAGUUGAUGGUUUCGAUUUGGCCGACGGUUGACAAGCGGUCCGAGAACUGGGAGGAGAUGCUCGAGCAGGGGCUGCUGAUCCGGGUAAACCGUGGUUUGCGGAUAGCCAUGGACUUCCAAGGAGAGACGGUGCAUUUCGACGCUACUAACCCCGCGGCCCGGAAGUACGUGUGGGAGAAGGUGAAGCAGAACUACUAUUCCAAGGGGAUUAAAGUGUUCUGGCUGGACGAGGCCGAGCCCGAGUACUCGGCGUAUGACUUCGACAACUACACCUACCACCGCGGCUCUAAUCUCAGCAUUGGCAACAUCUACCCUCUCGAAUACUCGCGAGGCUUUUACGAGGGUAUGAAGAGCGAGGGCCAGGAGGAUAUUGUCAACCUUGUGCGCUGUGCUUGGGCGGGCAGCCAAAGAUACGGCGCGCUGGUGUGGAGCGGUGACAUUGCGUCCUCGUGGUUGAGUUUGCGACAUCAACUCUCAGCAGGCUUGCACAUGGGUAUCGCCGGCAUUCCGUGGUGGACGACGGACAUUGGCGGGUUCCACGGCGGGGACCCGAAUGACGAAGCGUUCCGCCAGUUGUUCACGCGUUGGUUUCAAUUCGGCACUUUUUGCCCGGUCUUCCGUCUGCACGGUGACCGCGAACCGCACCAGCCGCAGCAUGAGCUCAUGGAGGAGGCGCACAAGAAGGGUACUCCGGUCAUGAGGACGCUGUUCUACGAGUUCCCCGAUGAUCCGCGCUGCUGGGAGACGGGUCAGCAGUAUAUGUUUGGGCCAAAGUUCCUCUGCUGCCCGGUGAUGGAGCCGGGAGUGGAAAAGCUCAAGGUGUAUCUCCCGGCAGGGACCAAGUGGACAGCUGUUGAUGGUGCUGAGACGUUUGAUGGUGGCCAAACCAUCGAGGUUAACUGCCCGCUCGAGUACAUGCCGGUGUUUGCGAGAGUAGCCGAAUAG